CUGCCGAAGCAGGAAUGUGGGAGCUUGUUGCAGAAUGGAGGAGGUAACUCUUUAAUCUUAUCGCAGGUUCAACGAUACAGCAUGAGUAUAUCGAAGAUCCUCUUCCUCGUGGCUUCGGCUAUUGGAGUUCAUAUCUCAUUGACUUCUCCCUCUCUGCCCCCGUCAUCUCAAGAGAAAGUGGUGCCCUCAGCAUCCGAAUUAUUAAAUAGCCUGAUUCUAGAUCUUCGGGGUCCAGAAUUAUUCAAGUAUCAUCUGUUGAAGUGGCCAACAUACUGGCCAUGCAUAUAGGUCCCUCGCAGAUUCCAGAGGACGUCUAUGGCGCUAGCGCUGCGCAGUUUUUACACGCACUUCACCCCACGCCAAUCACUCCCGUUUUCCUUGCUGGCAGUCUUUCUGUCAUAGUCGGCGGCGUGCUCAGGCUUUAUUGCAUGUCGACCUUAGGAAAGUUCUGGAGCUUCCCGCUCAGCGUCAGAAAAGAGCACAGAAUCGUAACAAGCGGUCCGUACUCUAUCGUCCGCCACCCAAGCUACACUGGUUUCCUUCUCCAAUACGUCGGAAUUGUCAUCACGCACGGGAGCGAAGGGUCGUGGAUAAGGCAGUCUGGAAUUUUACAAGUGCCUUACAUGAAAGUAUUAGCAGCGAUUGUCUUCUUCCUGCUUACAACAGGCGCUUUGAGUACCAUCAAGCGAUCUUCAGUGGAGGACAAGAUGCUGCAGCGUGCUCUUGGAGAGGAUUGGGAGAAUUGGGCCAAGAAAGUCAAAUAUAGAUUGCUUCCUGGGGUUUAUUGAAGAAAAAACAUACGUGCUGAGUGCUCCGCUUUGAUCGCAAUUACUUGUUUGGUGGACUGGUGUUUCACGAUGUCGAUUGUAUGCUAUAUAUCAUGCAGUGAAACCUGUAAACUACAGAGGAAUGUUCUACUUUUCUGUGACGGUCACUUUUAUUUAUGGACGUGUCAACGCUGAUGUCGAUUGGUUUUCAAUGCCACUGCCGACCUCCUCAA